UCGGGACCCCGAGUUUCGCAUCUAAAUUGGGAAAACAUUCGUUGUGCCCAGGACGCUCUGCUUGGCCUCCUCCAGUUGAGUGCAUCGCGGUUGCGAAGGGUGGAGGACCAAGUCCAGGAGGAGAGGAGGAGGAGUUCCGCCAGGUGACCGCCAAAGAUCCGCCUCUCCUCUCUGUCCCGCUGAGGUGACGGCGGCCCGGAGACACAGGCUGGGCUCCGCGCAGCGCCGCGCACGUUCCCCGAGCGCCCCUACGCGGAUCCUAGACGCCUCCUCUGCGCGCUGGUGUCACCCGGGCACGGCAAAGGGCCAGGCUCCGACUGUCGCCUGGAUCCACACAGCGUCAGCGACGCAGGGCCAGGCCGCCUUGGAGACUAGAAGACAACUCGGCUCCCGCCCAAGGGCUGGUGGAACAUGUUUCUGGGGACGCAGUUUGUAUGAAAGUUGCCGGACUAUGUUUCCACUUCUGAUCGUACUCAGCCUGCUGACCAGACUUACCCUCGCGGUUCCUCAUUGUGUAAAAAGGCUAAAGGAUUCCGAACAUGCUCGAGAAGAAGUCUUUGCAUCAAAAGAAGCAGCAAACAUCUUUAUACACCGCCGCCGCCUCCUGUACAAUAGGUUUGAUUUGGAACUCUUCACUCCCGGGGACCUGGAGAGAGAAUGCUAUGAGGAGUUUUGUAAUUAUGAAGAAGCCAGAGAGAUUUUCAGAGAUGAUGAAAAAGCGAUUACAUUUUGGCGGGAUUAUUCGACUAAAGGACCAACCACACGCUCGGAUGUUAACAAAGAGGAAUUUGAUGUUAUGGGCCUUCUGACUGGAUUAAUUGCUGCUGGAGUAUUCUUGGUUAUUUUUGGCUUGUUUGGUUAUUAUCUGUGUAUCACCAAGUGUAAUAGGCCGCAAUAUCUGGGUUCUUCAGCUGUCUACACAAGAAGGACCAGACACACACCAUCCAUAAUUUUCAGAAGCUCUGAGGAGACUGUCUUGCCUUCAUCGCCACCUUCAGAGGAUGCAGGACUACCUUCCUACGAACAGGCUGUAGCACUGACCAGAAAACACAGCGUCUCACCUCCGCCUCCAUACCCUGGACCAGCAAAAGGAUUCAGAGUGUUUAAAAAGUCUAUGUCACUCCCAUCUCACUAAGCCCAGCUUGCCACCUUGUUGUGAGACAUCCGUGUGGUUUGAAUGAUUUGUUCUCCCUGAAACAAAAAAAAAAGAUUUGCCCGCUCAGCUUUUUAUGACAAACUGCAAGGAAUAAAGGAACAAUACAUACUGAAUAGAACUCACCACAGUUCUGCCUUCAGCUCAGAACUGAACUGGAUCUCCACCAUCUUGGUAAGAGACUUCAACUCCAUUUCCUCGAAAUUAAGAAGAAAGUGCCUUUUUACAAUGUAUGUUGUACUGGUUCAAAAAUCUUUGCUAUAGCUGGCAAUGUGAUACAUAUCUAGAAUCCUCACACUCAGGAGGCUGAGUUGGGAGGGAUGAGUGUUCAAGGCCAGCCUGGGCCCUAUCAAGACUCUUUCUGUGCCGGGCAGUGGUGGUGCAUGCCUUUAAUCCCAGCACUCGGGAG